ACUGUUGCUCGAAUUCUUAAUCCCUGAAAAAAAAAGGGUUGACCUACAUAUAUAUACAUCUCGUUAUAUUUAUUUACUCUGCUAAUGGAAUCGGACCUUUCCCUAGGGCUUGUAGCGAGUACGACGCCGUCUCAACGCACUCGAAUCGCCGACGAUUCCAUCUCUCUCCAGCUUGACUGUAGCCUCCGCGACCCUAAUCUUCCGAUCCCACCAGUUCCGCUUCAAUUACUAGAGCCAUUACUACAGCAUAAUAAUCAACAUGAUCAGCGUAGUCUUCGAAAUGGUAGUGUAGAUAGACAAAACGAUGAGGAUAACAAGAAGGACAAAGAAGCAGACGAGAGAGAAGUUCGAAUCUUAGGUAUCUGCUUGAAACGGAGGAGAGAUGACGAAUCAUCGUCGAAUAGCUCGAAAAAGGCAGCAGCUUGUGGUGAAUUGGAGCUUGAAGAGAGGAGAAAUUCGGUUAAAUCAUGGGGAAACCAGUCAAUUUCUACGGCGGAUCCUGAGAUAUCUGAGAUAAUGGAUAAGGAGAAAGAUAGACAAUUUAAAGGAAUUGAAUUGAUAGCAUCUGAGAAUUUUGUUUGUAGAGCAGUAAUGGAAGCAUUAGGAAGUCAUUUAACAAAUAAAUAUUCAGAAGGAGUACCCGGGUCGAGAUACUAUGGUGGGAAUCAAUACAUUGAUGAAAUAGAAAUCUUGUGUUGGAAACGAGCGUUGGAUGCUUUUGGUUUGGAUUCUGAGAGUUGGGGUGUCAAUGUACAGCCAUAUUCAUGUACUUCUGCGAACUUCGCAGUUUAUACUGGUUUGUUGUUGCCUGGUGAUAGGAUUAUGGGUUUGGAUAAUCCAUCUGGAGGGAAUACCAGUCAUGGGUAUUAUACGCCUAGUGGAAGAAAAGUGUCGGGUGCCUCCAUUUUUUUUGAGAGUUUGCCAUAUAAGGUGAAUCCGCAAAGUGGCUAUAUUGAUUUUGAUAAGUUGGAGGAGAGGGCGCUUGAUUUUAGGCCAAAAAUGCUUAUUUGUGGUGGGAGUUCAUAUCCAAGGGAAUGGGAUUAUGCUAGGUUUAGGCAGAUCGCUGAUAGGUGUGGUGCUGUACUUAUGUGUGAUAUGGCUCAGAUUUGUGGUCUUGUUGCUGCUAAGGAAUGUGUUAACCCCUUUGAUUACUGUGACAUUGUUACCUCAACAACUCAUAAAAGUCUUCGAGGUCCUAGGGGAGGUAUAAUUUUUUAUAGGAAGGGUGCAAAGCCAAGGAAAAGGGGACUGCUUACCGGUCAAGGAGAUGACAGUGAUCAGUAUGAUUUUGAGGAAAAGAUAAACUUUGCAGUCUUUCCAUCAUUGCAAGGUGGACCACAUAAUAACCACAUUGCUGCUCUUGCCGUAGCGUUAAAACAAGUGGCUACUCCUGAGUACAAGGUAUACAUGCAACAGGUGAAGAAAAAUGCUCAGGCUUUAGCAUGUGCAUUGUUGAGAAGAAAAUGUAGGCUUGUAACUGGAGGAACAGACAACCAUUUGUUACUUUGGGAUCUGAGGCAUCUGGGAUUAACAGGCAAAACUUAUGAGAAAGUCUGUGAGUUGUGUCACAUCACUGUAAAUAAAAUUGCAAUUUUUGGUGAUAAUGGCACUAUUACUCCUGCAGGAGUAAGGAUUGGUACCCCGGCCAUGACGUCAAGAGGUUGCCUAGAAUCUGAUUUUGAGACAAUUGCUGAAUUUCUUCUAAGAGCUGCUCAUAUUGCGAGUAUAGUGCAGCGUGAGCGUGGGAAAGUUUCCCUAAAGAGUCUGCAGAGCAACAAGGACAUUUUGGAGCUUCGGAGUCGGGUCGAAACUUUCGCAGCUCAGUAUGCAAUGCCAGGUUUUGACUUGUGAGGUGGGUUUCUGGAGAGCAAUUUUAAAAAACCCAUACCUCCCGGCAUUCUGCACUUUGGAACCAUAUUACAAAAUGCAUAUCAGUUGGUUGCCAGUAUGCUCUGAGUUGGCCUCUAAUAUGAAGGCAGUUUUAAGCUUGAGUGUUUCAAGUUUCCAAUCUUUGCCAGCUGAAGCUGUCACAAGACUCGCAACCUAGGGGUUUUGCUGUCAGUUCAUGGAUGAUGAGAGGAUCUUUAUAGUAUUAACCCUCUUCUCCUCUUUCAGUCAAGCAGUGUUGUUCUGGUUUUUUGGUCAAUGGUGGUGGCACCCCCUAUGAUGUGCUGUUUUCUCAGAGAAUUUGAUACACAAGAUCUUCUCUGAGCGGAGAGCUAUAUCUAUCUAUAUACUCUGGCAGCCCUUCUAAAGAUUUUUUGGCAUAGUGUGUAGAGAAGCUGAAGAUUACAUUGGCCGAUUGAUUAACAUUAUACAGUCUUGUUCAUUUUUUUUGACAGAGCCUAUACAUAUUACAUUUUUCGUUUUAUCUUUAAUAUGUUGGGAACUGAAGCCCUGAAUUCUUUUAACUAUUGGUUAUAGCAAUCACAAUAUGAGGCUUUUGCGUUGUAAAUUUUUUUAACAUUCCUCAUUCAAUUCAAUUUCUUAGUCUCUUGGACA